CUCCCUCCCUGUGACACCCAGCAGCCUCUUCAUCCCCCAGAAGCCGCAAACCCAGUGCUGGCCCAUGGAGCCCUGCCAGUCCUUGGCCCUGCUUGCUGGCUCCCUGGGCCUGGCGUCCUCCCUGGUGGCCAUCAGCACCGACUUCUGGAUAGUGGCCAUGGGGGUGAGCUCAGCUCACUCGGGCCUCUGGCCAAAAGGGGGCCAGGACGAUCCUGUCAAAGGCUACAUCCACGUGACGCAGAGCUUCUGCAUCCUGGCCGCCCUGUGGGGCCUGGUGGCCGUGGGCUUCCUGGUGCUGUCCUGCAUCCCUUCACUGUCCGCCCCCGGCCGGGGCCCUCUGGUCUCCACGGUCACCACGUUCGCUGCAGCCCUCUCCAUGCUGGUGGCCAUGGUGGUGUAUACCAGUGAACGGUGGGGCCAGGCUGUGCACUCCCAGGUCCAGACCUUCUUCUGCUGGUCCUUCUACCUGGGCUGGGUCUCCGCCUUCCUGUUCCUCUGUGCAGGUGCCCUGAGUCUGCGCGCUCACUGCGGUGCCCAGCGGCCCGGCUACGAAAGCUUGUGAGCAGACGGAGGCGGCCCCGGAGA